GAAAGGGGUGUGUGUAGUUUACCUACCACCUUGCACUGCACGCUCCUCCCAAGUGUGUGUGUGGUAAACGCACAAGUGAAGUUACGGUUGAGGGGAAGCUGAAAACAUUACUACGUCCGAAGGAAGAGGUAGCUGAAAUUCUCUGGUGGUGGUUGUUCAAUAUGACCCGGCAGCUGACAUCUCGCCAAACCAAAUUAUAAGGUCAUUUUUAAUGGAGGUCCAAGGGCAAUGGGCGGAGGUCUUCGAGGGCUCUGACAGACAAGAGGACUCUGGUGGGGAGAGUGAGCUGCUGGGUAGCUCCACAAUCACCUUGGCUCCUCUGGUGGUCAACACUCCUCCCCCUCCCGUUCGCCGCUCCCAGCCCCUCGUCAUCCGCAGAAGCAGAAUGAAUAGCGUGGAACUGUCCUCAGUUCCUUCUAUACCCAAUCCCUUUCCAGAGCUGUGCAGCCCAUCUCAAUCCCCAGUCCUGAUUGGCUCUCUCUCACCGCCGAGAAGUGACACGCAUCUGAUCAAGGUGUUCGGCGAGGACAGUCACAGUCGGUCCCUGUGGGUGAUACCCAGGGCCACAGCCAGGGACGUGUGCCAUUUGUUGGUGCAGACAGCCCACUGUAGCGACCAGGAGAACUGGGCUCUGAUCGAGCUGCAUUCAGCCUUGGGCCUGGAGCGAGUUCUGGAGGACCACGAGGUGGUGGUGGAGGUGCAGGCUGCCUGGCCCUCCGUGAGCGACACCAAGCUUCUGUUCCGCAAGAACUACGCCAAAUAUGAGUUCUUCAGGACACCUGUGCUGUUCUUCCCCAAGCACAUGAUCUCAGACAGUGCUGAUGUCACCAAGGGAAUGACCUCGGCAGAACUCAUCCAGAAUCUGCUGCAGUCGGGGACAUGUCCUGAGAUCCAGGGCUUCCUCCACGUCAGAGAGCCCAGCCGCAAAGCCUGGAAGAAGGUGUACUUCUUCCUCCGACGUUCAGGCCUCUACUGCUCCACCAAAGGCUCAUCAAAGGAGCCCCGUCACCUCCAGUACGUGGCUGACCUGGAAGACCUGAACGUCUACAGUAUCACCAACAGCCGCAAGCUCUACGGUGCCCCUGUGGACUUCACCUUCUGCGUCAAGCCCAGCAAAGACCGUAUUCGUGCGCAGGACUUGAAGCUGCUGUGUGCGGAGAACGAACAAACGCGCACAUGCUGGACCUCUGCAUUUCGACUAUUCAAGUAUGGGAGGCAGCUGCAUUGUAACUACCAGCUGUCCCAGUCGGCACCUCGUCUACAGGAGGUUGUGUCUCAACGGUGUGAGUCGGAGGCCAGCCUGGUCGCCAUGGACUUUUCAGGGAAGGCGGGGGGCCGGGUCAUCCAGAAUGCCUGGGAGGCCCAGAGCGCAGAGAGGGAGGAGGGACAGGCAUGGAGGAGGAGAGAAGCCUUGAGGUGCAGCCUACCCAACCUUAACCCGGGAUCUCAGCCCUCUUCCAUACAUCGGACCCAGCUCUGGUUCCACGGUGGUGUGUCGCGAAAGCAGGCCCAGAGGCUGAUCGAGGAACAGGGAUUGGUGGAUGGGAUGUUCCUGAUUCGUGAGAGCCAGCAGCAUGCCCAGUGUUUUGUCCUCUCGUUGUGUUACAAGCUGAAGACCAAACACUACCUCGUCAUCCCUUGUGAGGAGGGCGGUAGGAAGUACUACACCAUGGACGAUGGCCUCACCCUCUUCAUUGACCUACUGCAGCUGGUGGAGUUUCACCAGAUCAACAGAGGCAUCCUCCCUGUCUGCCUCAAACACCCCUGUGUCUGUGUCGCCCUCUGACCACUUGGUUAGGGACACCUCAUAUGACCCUAGGGACACCUCAUAUGACCACUGGGCUAGGUAUAUAUGCAAAGUAGUUCAAACGCUGUCAGUUUCACUGUAGCUAGCCGUACACCGGUAGACUGUGUCUUUCGCCCCUGUGUUUCGGGCACUGUUUUCCAGAUGGCGAGGGCAGGUGUUUGGCAGGCGAGAGCGAGCGACACUGUGUGCUAGCUUAGCCAGCUCAUCCUGAGGACUACUCCGGUACACGGGAGGCGGGAGCAACACUGUUUGCUAGCUAACUAACAAGCUAGCUAAUACACUGUGUCGUUAACUAUCGAGUUAGCUAGUACACGGUAUUGCUCUAGCAGCCCGUCUGCUGUGCUGGCAGGAGGUGGGGGGCGACCGGUAGACAGUGUCCUUCGCCCCCGCCUGUCGGGCAUUCAUGCAGGAACUAUUGGUGUGGCAUUCAUGAAAGAACCAAUGGGAUGCUCGAGGUGGGAACACCCUUAAUUGUGAGCUGCAGUUGCACACUUUGAAAAGUUACAAAUUGCAGCUUGAAGUCACAUGCAGUAACUAGUGUGUAGGGGUCUAGACAUGGGUGGUCACAGCUAUACUCCCCUAGCAGUAGCUUUUAAAUCAUGUAUUUUUAAUUGAACCUAACUCAUUUGUAGUUUCAGACAUCCCUCCCAUUUUUUUUAUGUUUUAAUUAAUUACUUGCAAUCCCUGUGAGGGUAAGUUUAAUUACGCAUUUUGCACAGCUUUAGGAUCUUAGCGCGCCAUCGUUCGUGGUAGGAUUUUGUGCUGAAACCUAAAGAAUUUGACUUGCUAAAGGGCUUGUUCACUCCCUUGUGAAGCAAUACGUCUGUGGAUAGUUGGCUGGGUGGCUAUAACUGAUAUCACUGAGUAGGUUCUUCAAUUUGAGAAAAAAAACAUUGUUUUCGCACAUCCUUUAGGGGCUUGGUGAUUUACCUGUGGAAUAGAGCCCCUUUCAAUGUGUGGAAUGUACAGUGUGCAAGUUCCUGAGUGUACCACUAGAGAGCACUCUUCGUACACCGGACAGAAGAGCCAAAGACGUGAGAGCUGAUUUGUCAUUGAGGAAUUCAUCAGGGGCUUACCCAGCGAGGUGCAAUGUUUAGACUCAGUUAGAAAUAAACUCCAUAGAGCUAUUGAAAAUCAAUAUUCUUCACAUCAGGAAUUAUCAAGCCUUUUCAGCACAAUACAUUUCUAUCUGAAUGUUCUGUAAAAUUGCACAAUCUUGAAUAAGCCCCAGGAUUGGUGAAAUACUGUAGCUACUCGGCAUGCCUUCUGAAUGUGCAUAUGUAUGUUUUUAAUUAUUAUUUUAUAGUUCACUGUGUAUGGUUUUCAUACUAGGACACACUACUAGUAAGUGCCUUGUAAAUUCAUAUAACACUAAGCACUCUUAAAUGCAUAUUUUUUGCACAAUGUUGGUUGAGGAAGAACUAUUCUGAUGUCUUGUUUUUGUAGUUAGCUGUAAAAAGAGAUGCGGGCUGUUCAUUCCUACCCUGCAUGUUCAUAGUGUAUACUUGUAUGGGCUUUCAAUCAAUGACAUCUCAGACUUAUUUGAACUCUUGCAAUUGCUCCAUAGCGUUUAUAUGAAUUAAGUGGUGUGCAACGUAUACAUCUCAAGUUAUUCAAUGCCCAGGGCCAGUUUACUUUUGUUCCACGUUUUAUGUUUUUUUCUCCAUUGAAUUCAGUUGUAUUGUGUGAUAUGCAACAUGGCAAAUAUCUAUAUCUCUUUCAUAACUGUUUAAUAAAUAAUAGAUUUUCUUAUA